UGAAACAUUUCGGCCGCCCAAAAAAUAGAAAGAAUACGUUUAACAGCCGCAAAACCCUAAAACCACCGUUUUCAAAUCCAACUCCAAGGUGUUAUUGCCGAAAUGUAUCUCUUCGCUCCUCAAUCCAUCUCCGUCAAAUUCUCAGCAAUCCCUUGUUUCGGUUCGUCUGGACGGGACUUCAAAAUUCCCGCUAUUUCCAUGUCUGCAGUUGAAGUCUCCGCUCACAUUCCGGCAGCCCCCAUUUUCCUUCCAGAAGGACCUUGGAAGCAGAUUCCCGGCGGAGUUACAGCUGCAGAAGGAUUCAAAGCUUCAGGAUUGUAUGGCGGUCUUCGUGCCAGAGGUGACAAGCCUGAUCUCGCACUUGUCACUUGUGAUGUUGAUGCCACUUCUGCUGGAUCGUUUACCACGAAUGUGGUAGCAGCUGCGCCGGUGUUGUAUUGCAAAUCUGUAUUAAAGACUUCAGAAACGGCACGAGCAGUUUUGAUCAAUGCUGGUCAAGCCAAUGCAGCAACGGGUGAUGCAGGAUAUCAAGAUGUAAUAGAGUGCUCCAGCAGCCUUGCUAAGGAAGCACUUCUAAAAUCUCUUCCAAAACUGGUUAAUUCACUGUCAUCAUCAACUGAUGGGGCAAAUGCUGCAGCAGUGGCAAUCACAACAACCGACCUCGUUAGCAAGAGUGUGGCAAUUCAGUCUCAGGUUGGAGGGACAAAUAUAAGGGUCGGGGGAAUGGCAAAAGGUUCCGGGAUGAUCCACCCAAAUAUGGCUACCAUGCUGGGAGUAGUAACAACCGAUGCAAUGGUUAGCAGUGAUGUUUGGAGAAAAAUGGUUCAAAUUGCUGUCAACCGAAGCUUCAACCAAAUAACAGUAGAUGGUGAUACAAGCACCAAUGAUACUGUCAUUGCGUUAGCUAGUGGACUAUCUGGAACCAAGAUAUCUUCCUACAACAGUAACGAAGCAGUCCAACUUCAAGCAUGCCUUGAUGUGGUAAUGCAAGGUCUUGCCAAAUCAAUAGCUUGGGACGGAGAAGGAGCAACCUGCUUAAUUGAGGUCACGGUGACUGGUGCAGACGGUGAGGCUGAAGCAGCAAAAAUGGCACGGUCGGUGGCAUCUUCUUCACUAGUAAAGGCUGCAAUAUAUGGCCGAGACCCAAACUGGGGACGAAUUGCUGCUGCUGCAGGCUAUGCAGGGAUACCUUUCGACCAAAGCAAGCUCCAAGUAUUACUAGGGGAUAUUCUGCUCAUGAAUGGUGGGGAGCCACAAUUAUUCGACAGGAGUACGGCUAGUAACUACCUCAAGAAGGCUGGUGAGAUCCACGGCACAGUUGUAAUUAGUGUAUCCGUAGGUGAUGGCCCUGGACGAGGUCAAGCAUGGGGUUGUGACCUAAGUUACGAUUAUGUUAAAAUUAAUGCCGAGUACACAACAUAAAGUACUCAUUUUGUCAUUGUGCAACCCCAACUGGAAUUCCAAAUGAGAUUAUUCAGGCUGUUAACUCUUCAAUUCCAUUUUGAA